CCCGUUUAAACACAGAAACAACAGAUUGCAUUUGUCCCCUCCACAAAAAUAGAGUCAGAAUAAAGCAGAAGUGUUCAAAUACGAGGAGCUUCUAUUUCCUCCGGACCCGUUGAUGUGUCCAUGUCCUCCAGGCUUUGUAGCUUCUAUAAAUAGCAGCAGUUGAUCUGACUCGUUCUCCUGGAAAAGGUCAGUAUUGUUAUGUUUAGAUUAUACCGUAGGCACCUUUCCCCCACUUCAGUCACAUGAUCCCCGCUGCAUUUGGAGGAUGGGACUCCAAUCAAAAACACUGCAAGGCCGCCCUGCUGUAAAUAUGGGACGUGAGCUAAUGGGAUGUUGGUGCCCUGCAUCUUUGCACAAAGUAACACACGCAGGAACUUUUAAACUGUUGCAAAAGGUACAUUUUGAGACACUUCGUGUUUCACACCGACGCCGUUGCAACAUCUCAUAGGUAGUCGACCUACACACAGGAGGGUUUCGUGCACGUCUAUCUUGGGUAAUCUCACAAAAGCGACUGAUCCCUCCCAACUCUGCUUGGUUUUAACAUAAAAGGAAGGUGAGGCUCCGGCAGUGCCGAGGUCGGGGGUCAGUGGGAGCAGGAGCGCCGCCGUUCUGAUAGAUAUUAAGAACCUUUUCCUGUUGCUUACGAAGCUUUGGUGCAAAUUCCAGCCUGUGCUUUAGCCCAGCGACGGAUGAGGAAGGAUGUCUCGGUUUGUAUGUAUGACCAACUGUCCCACCCUGAUUGUGACAGUGGGCCUUCCUGCCAGAGGGAAGACCUACAUCUCAAAGAAACUGACCCGCUAUCUCAACUGGAUUGGGGUGCCCACCAGAGAGUUCAACGUCGGCCAGUACAGGAGAGAGUGUUUGAAGAUCUACAAGUCAUUUGAGUUCUUCCGGCCCGACAACGAGGAAGGGUUAAAGAUCAGGCGACAGUGUGCUUCAGCAGCUUUGAACGAUGUGCGGCAGUAUCUCACAGAAGACGGAGGCCAUGUAGCGGUUUUUGAUGCAACAAACACCACCAGAGAAAGACGGGAAACCAUCCUCCAGUUUGCAGAGCAGAAUGGCUAUAAGGUGUUCUUCGUUGAGUCUGUGUGUGAAGAUCCAGAUGUCAUCCAGGAAAACAUAGUGCAAGUGAAGCUGGGCAGCCCUGACUACACCAACUGUAACACAGAGGAAGCAGUAGAAGAUUUCAUGAAGAGGAUUAAGUGCUAUGAAAAUUCCUAUGAGUCACUGGAUGAAGUCCUGGACAGGGAUCUGUCCUACAUUAAAAUCAUGGACGUGGGUCAGCGGUACCUGGUCAACAGGGUUUUGGAUCACAUCCAGAGCCGCAUUGUCUACUACCUCAUGAACAUCCAUAUUACACCACGCUCCAUUUAUCUGUGUCGCCAUGGGGAGAGCGAGCUCAACGUCAAGGGACGAAUUGGAGGAGACUCUGGCCUCACAACCAGAGGCAAAGAGUUUGCAAACAAGCUGAGCCAGUUCAUCCAAGACCAGGGCAUCAGUGACCUAAAGGUAUGGACCAGUCAAAUGAAGAGAACCAUCCAGACAGCUGAGGCUCUCAAGGUGCCCUAUGAACAAUGGAAGGUGUUGAACGAGAUUGAUGCCGGUGUGUGUGAGGAGAUGAUGUACGAGGAGAUCCAGGAGAACUAUCCUUUGGAGUUUGCCCUGAGGGACCAGGACAAAUACCGCUACCGUUACCCCAAAGGAGAGUCCUAUGAGGACCUGGUACAGCGCUUGGAGCCGGUCAUCAUGGAACUGGAGAGGCAGGAGAAUGUUCUGGUCAUCUGUCACCAGGCUGUCAUGCGCUGCUUGUUGGCCUAUUUCCUGGAUAAACCAGCAGAGGAACUGCCAUACCUGAAGUGCCCACUGCAUGCAGUGCUAAAGCUAACACCUGUGGCUUAUGGUUGUAAAGUGGAGUCCAUCAGCCUAAAAGUGGAUGCAGUCAACACGCACAGAGAAAAACCAGAGAACGUAGAAGUCACGCGGAUGUCAGAGGAGGCUUUGCUAACAGUGCCAGUUCAUCAAUGAGGCAGUAUCCUCACCCCACUCCCCCACCCUCUCCCUCCUUAACUUCAGAUGCACCUGCUAUUCAGUAGCCUUUUUCUUUUCCACUUUCCUUUGAUUGAUUCUUAGCUUUUAUUUCUGCACUAGAACUUAUGUAAUUGACUGGAAUCCAGUUUCUCAUUUUUGAUUAAUUCUAUGGCACAGAUUUUGUGUCGGGCAUAUUGUCCUACUUUUGGAGAUAUCGUUUCUAAAAAUGGGAUUAUUUUUAUUUUUAGAAGAUCCCAAAUGUGAAGCAGCAAACUCUGGCACAUUUACACAAGCAUUUAUUACUUGUAGCUAACUCUGUUGUUGAUCUUGUUUUUGAACUGAUUACUGUCAUCACCUUAUAUUUUGUUAGUAAUCAAGAUGGGAAUUUACUUUUAGUUUUGCACAACACAAAACCAAGUUGUGAUUUAUUAAUAUUUGCACAUAAAAUCAACUCUAUAAUUUGAUUUCUUGUCUGUUGUUGAAGUUAUUCCCUAGUCUCCACUGCCUAAUGAAAAUCCUGGAAUUAUAUAAAUACUUGUUUUUUGUCCAACCAUGUGAUUCUUGUAUUAUAACACUACAUAUCAGUGAUUGGGAUGAGGAGGAAAUAUUUCUGUUUACUCUUUAAAUAAACUCCACUCAACCAUU